CCAGUAAAAUAAAAAAUAGCGGGACUGUUGAAUAUUUUCCAAUUUUAUUACUUCCCAGAAUUGCAGCAGUUCUGUGUUGCCGAAAUGCGAUACCUCUAUCCUCUAAAAAUAAAGAAACAUUUUGAAAUGUAGCAGACCUCCAUAUCCAAUCACACACUGUCUCUUCCGGUGAGCCCAAAACCCUAACCCUAACUCCCAAACCUACACUCGAUCCUAAUGGAACCGGCUAACGAAGCUAACGGCUCGGACCACAACCAUUUACCGAAGCGACCUAAACUAUCCACCUCAUCACUCAUUACAGAUUCGGAAAUACGUGAUGAAUUCAUCCACCACCAGCCCGGUAUAGCUCGUAUAAAUAACGGCAGCUUCGGUAGUUGUCCUGCUUCAAUCAUCGCAGCUCAAAAACGUUGGCAACUCCGUUUCCUUCGACAACCCGAUGAUUUCUUCAUCAACCACUUACAAAAGGGUAUACUCCACUCGCGCACGAUUAUCAAGGACGUUAUUAAUGCUGAACACGUGGAAGAGGUGUCUCUUGUUGAUAACGCUACGACUGCUGCUGCUAUAGUUCUUCAGCACGUUGGUUGGGCAUUCGCUGAGGGACGUUUUCAGAAAGGAGAUGCUGUUGUUAUGCUUCAUUGCGCGUUUCAGGCUGUUAAGAAAUCGAUUGAGGCUUAUGUUACUCGUGCUGGUGGUUCUGUGAUUGUUGUUCAUUUGCCGUUUCCUCUUUGUUCCGAGGAAGAGAUUGUUGCUGAGUUUAGAAAGGCGUUGGCGAAAGGGAAAGCUAAUGGGAAGAAGGUUAGAUUGGCUAUUAUUGAUCAUAUUACGUCGAUGCCUUGUGUUGUUAUACCUGUGAAGGAUUUGGUUAAGAUUUGUAGGGAAGAAGGGGUUGAUCGGGUGUUUGUUGAUGCUGCACACGCGAUUGGGAGUGUGAAUGUUGAUGUUACAGAAAUUGGAGCGGAUUUUUAUGUGAGCAAUUUGCAUAAGUGGUUUUUCUGUCCUCCAUCUGUUGCGUUUUUGUACUGUAGGAAAUCGCCUGUAUCUCCUGAUUUACAUCAUCCUGUGGUGUCUCAUGAAUAUGGUAAUGGACUAGCCAUUGAAAGUGCGUGGAUCGGGACGCGAGAUUAUAGUUCUCAGCUAGUUAUACCUGAGGUGGUAGAAUUUAUAAAUAGGUUUGAGGGUGGGAUCGAGGGAAUUAGGAUGAGGAAUCAUAAUGCGGUGAUUGAAAUGGGACAAAUGUUGGCCGAUGCUUGGGGAACAAUGCUUGGCUGCCCUCCAGACAUGUCUCCCAGUAUGGUAAUGGUUGGUUUGCCUGCUAGCCUUAGGGUUCUCAGCGAUGAGGAUGCUUUAAAUUUGAGAACUCGUCUGCGGGACAAAUUUGGGGUGGAAGUCCCAAUUCACUACCAGGAAAUAAAAGAAGAAUUACGGGAUGGUGAUGCUUGCGUGACAGGAUAUGCACGGAUUUCUCAUCAGGUUUACAAUACGGUUGAUGACUAUAUAAAGUUGAAGGAUGCAAUUCUUCAGCUUGUGCGAGAUGGAGUUACUUGUAAGAUGCUUCGCCCAGAAUAAGAGGAAUUCUGCAGAGAGUUCCUUGAUAGGUUGUUUAACCAGUUUGUACGGAGUUUUGUACUCUGGAAAAACAAGUUGUAGAAGUUUCCUGGUUAUCGAGAAUAAUCCUUGUAGAAGUAGAAUUGUAAGCGGCUAAUAAAUACCUGUUAUUAUUUCAAUUUGGAAGUAGAAUUAUGAUUAUAUUUCUGUGGUACUUGGAAGACUUUGUUGAUUCUUUUUGGUGCCUGGAAUGCCUAGACAUUUUCUUCUCUUUUAAAUAGUCACUAUAAAUGAGGCCGUAAACUCCCUUCUUUUAUGUA